AUGAGUACAGGGGAAGAAACUGAGAAGGUUGUGGAGAUGUUCAAUAGUUAUGGCUUGAAAAACUUCACUACGAGUGCAAGGGAACUCAUCAUGCAGCUCCAGAAGAUAGAUGGAAAUAAUUAUCCGGAAACACUUCAUCAAAUGUUUAUCAUCAAUGCUGGUCUAGGCUUUAGGCUAUUGUGGAAUACUGUAAAAGGUUUUCUAGAUCCCAAGAACACCACUAAGAUUCCUGUUCUUGGAAAUAAAUACCAGAACAAGUUGCUUGAAGUAAUCGAUUCCAGUGAGUUGCCAGAAGAUUUUAAAGUCUCUGUGGCUUUUUAUAUGAGAUUGGGCGCAGAAACUCCUCAACAUCUCGUGAGGAGGGCUAUAGAAACACCUUGCUUUGUUGGGAACUUGUUAGGGUAUGAUGAGUAUGUUCCCAUGGUUGACAAGGUGGUUGAUUCUGGAUGGAAGAAGCAACCAUCCCUUCCGAAGCCUUUUAUUUCUAUAGAGGUAUUUCGGCCACCUGAUUCUCAAAAGGCCUCAGAAGGAAUUCAAGAUCGCAUGCGUGUCACUUUCAUAUGUGGGGAAGAAGGUGUAUGCGCACUUGGUGCUGUAGUUGCAAAGCAUGCUAUUGAUGAACAAUUGUGUGACCAAUAUUUAACCCAAUUCAAAGAGAGUUUUGAAGUUUUUAUCAUAGAUCAAUCGAAAGCACUAUCGAAACAAGGUUUUUUGUUCCAUCAGUACCAGGUGGUAGGGAGAGCUCUAUCGACGGAAACGGAUAAGCACCCCAAGAUCUACCAAAUGAACUUAUGGGCUAUGAAUGAGGAACCGAUUCGCGUCGUUUCUUCAUCUUGCUGCGAUUUGCAGCAGUAUCGCGACCUCAGAUUUUCUUUUCAGACCGCAAGAACACUCGCACCGAAAUUCGAAACUCGUGACCUGAGAAUUACAUUUUCAGCUAUGGGAAUCAACGGAGCAAUUAGGGAAACCUGGAAGGAGGCAAAUGCAGACGUGGAAGUUUUAUCACCAUUUGCUCAUUUGGACAUCCCUCUUAUAGGCCAAACAUAUAUUAUUUUCUUGGCCAAGUUGUAG